CGGGGCAGCCAGGCGUUUUUUAGCGGUUGCUCCGGGCUCCCCUGCUGUGCUGCGGGCUGGACCGUGCGGACUUGCUCUUUGUUCUGCUCUCCGGGCCGUUAGGUUUCUUUUUUUUCUCCAGGAGGAAAAAAUGGCCUCGAUUGCAAUUGAUCCACAACCGAGCGUGGUGACCAGAGUGGCCAACUUGCCCUUGGUGAGCUCAACCUAUGACCUGGUGUCCUCGGCUUAUAUCAGCACAAAGGACCAGCAUCCAUAUUUGAGAUCUGUGUGUGAGAUGGCAGAGAAGGGUGUGAAGACCGUGACCUCGGUGGCUGUGACAAGUGCGAUGCCCAUCAUCCAGAAGCUGGAGCCACAAAUUGCUGUUGCCAAUACCUACGCCUGCAAGGGGCUAGACAGGAUCGAGGAGAGACUGCCUAUUCUGAAUCAGCCGACAGCUGAGAUUGUUGCCAACGCCAAAGGUGCUGUGACCGGGGCAAAAGAUGCAGUGACGACCACUGUGGCCGGGGCCAAAGAUUCCGUAGCCAGCACUAUCACGGGGGUGGUGGACAAGACCAAGGGCGCAGUGGCUGGCAGCGUGGAGAGGACCAAGUCUGUGGUCAACGGCGGCAUCAACACAGUUUUGGGGAGUCGGAUGGUGCAGCUCGUGAGCAGCGGGGUAGAAAAUGCACUUGCCAAGUCGGAGCUCCUGGUAGACCAGUACCUCCCUCUCACUCAGGAAGAGCUAGAGACAGAAGCAAAAAAGGUGGAAGGAUUUGAUAUGGUUCAGAAGCCAAGUUACUAUGUGAGACUGGGGUCCCUGUCCACCAAGGUCCGCUCCCGGGCCUAUCAGCAGGCUCUCAGCAGGGUUAAGGAUGCCAAACAGAAAAGCCAGGAGACCAUUUCUCAGCUUCAUUCCACUGUCCAUCUGAUUGAAUUCGCCAGGAAAAACAUGCAGGGUGCCCAGGAUAAGCUCUCUGUCUCGUGGGUGGAGUGGAAGAGAAGCAUUGGCUACGAUGACACAGACGAGUCCCACUGUGCUGAGCACAUCGAGUCACGUACUCUGGCUAUCGCCCGCAACCUGACUCAGCAGCUCCAAACUACGUGCCAGACUCUCCUGUCCAGCGUCCAAGGGUUACCACAGAAUGUCCAAGAUCAGGCCAACCACUUGGGGGUGAUGGCAGGCGACAUCUACUCAGUGUUCCGCAAUGCUGCCUCCUUUAAGGAAGUGUCUGACGGCUUCCUCACUUCCAGUAAGGGGCAGCUGCAGAAAAUGAAAGAAUCCUUAGAUGAUGUGAUGGAUUACCUUGUUAACAACACGCCUCUCAACUGGCUGAUGCUGGACUUCACUGCCAUUGAUUUGACAUCUGAGACUGAUGAAGUUCCUGAUAUUAUACCUUUGGAAGAGGAUGAUUGAACCAAAGAUCACACACUCAUAGCCCUGUCCUCUGAGGGCAAAAUGCUACAACACAAAGAAACUCUCUCUCUCUCUCUCUCUCUCUCUCUCUCUCUCUCUCUCUCUCUCUCUCUCCCUCUCCCUCUCCCUCUCCCUCUCCCUCUCCCUCUCUCUCUCUUUAAAUGUAUUAUGUAUCAUUUUUUUAAUAUUUGCAAUUGUGUUUAAUCCUGUGGCUUUGGGGAUUGUUAGUCUACUUUUCUGGGGAGUGCUUGAUCUUAAUUGUAAAAGAUGUGAACGUUUGUGAGAGAUUUUGUUCAGCAUCAUGCAUCAUUUUCUAUAAUUCUUUAAUGUUUAAUUGCUGAAAUACCUAUAAUAAAAUUGAGCUGUUGGUCAGUGAGGUGCACAUUAAAAAUAUAAAAAUUUGGCAGUAUAA